CGAUAUUGCUGUUUUUACAUAAAGCAAAUUUUAUUUUCGGUUUGGAAAAAGAAAUGAAAAAAAGAUUGAACAAAAAUAUUAGAUCAAACGUUUCAAGUUGAACCAUGUCGAACCCAUUUGGUUCCAGUUCGUCAAACAACCAAAAUGUGUUUGGGACUGUUUCCUCUCCAGUAUUUGGACAACAGCAGCAAGUGGGAUCGUUCGCAGCUCCAUCAAGCACAUUUGGUCAGAUAGCAUCAAGUUCUAGUCUAGGUCAGACUACAUCGUCAACUGUGUAUGGUCAAACUUCAAGCACAAAUGUUUUUGGGCAGAUUUCAAACCCUAGUCUGGGUCAGUCUUCAAGCAGUUCUAGCAUGUUUGGUCAGGCGGCUUCAUCAACCAAUGUAACACAGUCAAAUACAAGCUUGAGUCAGAUGCCUUCAAGUGCAAGCGUUUUAGGUCAGACAACUACAAACAUGUUUGGGAGGACACCUUCAAGUUCAAGCACUUUUGGAUCGAUUGGAAUGACAACACAAUCAAACCCCUUUGGUCAAGAUCCUGUUGGUGGAUCAAAUACAUUUGGAGGAAAUUUUGCUGCAACAACAGCAUCAACUAAUGUUUUUGGAGGCAAUGAAAGGAAUGCAAUCUCAGCACUAAGACAGAGCUCAGGAUCAAACAUGUUUGCCAGAAAUGUAAGCAACGGUAGCAACUUAGAAUCGGCACCACCGUCAGAAGGUUCAAGUGCUUCCAAUGCAUUUGGUCAGACCUCUUUAAGCUCUGCAUCAAACUUAUUAAGUCAUCCAUUUUCAACAGCAGCAGGUUCAUCCAAUGAUGGAGUCUCUUUUUCUUCAGGCGCUUCAAAUGUAUUUCAGCAAAAUCUGUUCAGCAAGCCAGUUAGGGUAAGUGCGGUUUUUGGUGGAACUCCUUCACAAUCAAGCUCGGUAACCUCAUCGAAUAAUCCAUUCAGCAGUGGAACAAGAGAAAAUAAAAGCUCAGAACAAGAAACAAGUCUUUCAUCUGCUUCUAAUGCAUCUACUGGAAUGUUUGGUAAACCUGCAUCUUCCCAUGGUAAAUCUGGUCCUUUUGGUGGCAAUGCUAAUCCAUCCAGUUCUUUGUUCGGUGGAUCAAAAUCUGACACGGCAGUUACAUCACAGGCAUCGAGUGCUGGUUUUUCAAAGCAAGAACAAAACAACCCAUUUGCUUCAAAGUCUGAUACAGGUUUAUUUGGUAAAGGGACAAAUGAUGCAAAGGAUACCAAUUCGUCUCGUAUAUUGUUCGGCAAGAGAAAGGUGAUUGGUGAAUCAACAAGGAGCUUUGGAACAUUUCAAGAGGAAGAAACUGGUCAAAGAGUAGAAGGAAAGAAAGAUGAACAGCCUGUUGGUGUAUUCACUGGUUCCAAAAAUAAGGGAGGAAAUGUUUUUGGAAAAAGCUCUGGAUUUGGCGCUCAAGGUCAGAGUCAGUCAAGUGCAGAAAGACAGGGACUGUUUGGAAAAGCAAGUAAUGAUGUAAAGGUUGGGUCGAAGCAUCAUGAAGAACGAGAUUAUAAUGAAUCUGCUUCAGAGAGGGAUGAAGAGGAGGCAAGGCCUGGAGCUUCCAGGGGAUUGUUUGGGAAAACUGGAACAUUAGAGUCGAGCACAUCAGGUGCAGGUGCCAAAAUUCAAAGACUAAGACAGCCAUCCAUAGAUGGAAAAGGUGCCCCCCCAGGAUCGAAAACACCAAUGAGGAGACAGAUAUCUGAAGACACAAGCACAAGAACCGCCAUAGUGUGUAGGAAUGUUCCCCCCAAGUUCAACUCUCGUGUAACUAUCAAGACUCACUUCAAAAAGUUUGGGGAAGUUCUUCAUGUCUUUCCUAACCCAUCAAAACUACAGGCCAUUGUGCAUUUUAAGACACAUGAUGCAGCAUCAGAGGCUAAGCGUAAGGGUCGUAUACUGGGAAGGGGCGUCCCACCAUUGACAAUAUUCUGGAGUAACUAUGAAAGGAGCCCUCGUGUAUCUGAUAGUGAAGAUCGGACAGGGAGGAAAAGACGGAGUGAAGAAGGUGCAGCCCCUAUACCAAAACGUGGACCAAAAUGGCAACAGGGAGAAAAUGUACAAGAAGAGCUGGAGGGUAUGGCGGGAACGUCUGACAUUGGUCGGUUCUCGGGUGGUCAGGAUGCGGGGUCAAGGCCAGAGGGUGGGGCUAAGAGACCUGAUAAGCCCCGUAGCUCAAGCCCUGCUACUACUGUGGCUUCAGCUUCUGAUGUGAAGACAGUGUCGGUAAGCAUGUUUGAGGGAGUUGGUGCGUGGAACACAACAGGACGGGUACAACUGCUGGAACUCAGAGAUAAAUACAUCAGACAGAACAAAGGAAAACGACAGACGGACCUGCAGACAGCAAAGGCGUUUGUCGGCACUUGCCCAGAUAUGUGUCCUGAGAAGGAGAGAUAUGAUCGAGAAGAUAAACGAUGCCUCAGUGUGUUUGAGAUCAUACCGGGUACAGAGAACAUUCCUGGGAAGAACCCACAGGUUGACCACUCCAAGGCUGUGAAGGAGUUUGUGAGGUCCUCCCCUGAUCAGGAUGAGCCCUUGCCACAGGACUUGCGCCCAAUACCAGUUUUGGAGUCGACCAUGAUUUACCUGCUAUCUGAGAUUGCCAAUCAUGGCCAGGAUGGCAGAUGGGGAGACUGGUUUGAUUUCCUCUGGAACAGAACAAGGGGAGUCAGGAAGGACAUCAUUCAACAACAGCUCAAUGAUGCGCAUGCUGCAAGCCUGAUUGAAAAGUGUGCCAGAUUUCACAUCUACUGCUCGGAGCGCCUUUGUGAAGAAGACAUGCACUCGUUUGAUGCCAAGAUCAACAACGAGAACUUGACAAAAUGUCUUCAGACACUGAAAGAGUUUUACGCUGAUUUGGAGACGAAGCAAAAUUACCAUUGUGAGAAUGAAGCGGAAUUUAGAGCGUAUACGGUACUCAUGAAUCUGAAUGAAGGAGACACUUUGAGGGAAGUACAAAACUUAAGGUCUGAGAUACGGACGUCAGUUUCUGUGAAGUUUGCACUUCAAGCUUUCUUUGCACUGAACAACAACAACUACAUCAAGUUUUUCCGCCUCGUGAAAAAAGCAUCAUACGGAAAUGCAUGCAUCCUGCACCGAUAUUUCACUCAAGUGCGAAACAAGGCCUUGACCUUAAUGAUGCGAGGAUUCAGCAUGGGAUCCAAAUCAGCUCAGGUUCCAUUCCAUGACCUUAUCCGCAUGCUAGCUUUUGAAGAUGAAGACGAAGCUGCCACGUUUUGCCAGCACUACGGAUUUCAAGUGACGGGAACCGACGUGAUUCUUGAUCGCUCAGAGUAUAUCGACCCAGAGAGCGCAUGGCCACCGAGACGCUCACGACUGAUUGAGUUGAAGUGUACAGUAUCCCCUGGGGAGUUUAUGAAUGGAGGACCAUUCGGCUCUGUCCUGCAUCUUCAGCCCACAAGCAGCUUUGAUGAUAGUGGAAGAUUCCACAGUAGGGUCGACUUGCCCAAGAAAGGUCAUGAGACACACCCUAAACAACCAGUGGCAAGUGAAGCUCCAAGGUCAGUAGAGCCUGUUGCCAAAGAAAUACCCCAACAACUUCAUCAACACCAUCAACAACAGCAGCAGCAGCAGCAGCAAGAACCUGUUGAAGAUGUAAGGCCGUUGUUGAAGAGAGUUCCUCCAGAGUUUAUCAAGGACUGCGCCAAGGUAUUGUUCUGGGAAGUGAUUGAUGAGAUGGUGCGGGGGAUCGGUGAAGACUCCAUGGUAGAUGUGAAUAACCGGCUGCACAUUGCUGAAGAUAUAUGUGCUACCACUACAGACACUGUUGUCAGCGAAGAAGUCAAGGCUCUCUCAGAAGAUGUGUUAGGGGAGGCUGAGGAUGAGUUAAGGAAAGCUUUACAGAAGCAACUACAAGAGAGGAAAGAUAGAGUGGCUGUCAUGCUUGCAGACGAUGUUAUAUAUGACCUUGUAGAUCAAGAGGUUUUGAACCUGGCCACCAUUGAAAUUAGAGAUGUAAAGGCCCAGCUGCGGAAAGAGUCUAUUGAAAGAGUGACUGUUGACAUUAGCCAGCAGAUGGUUGCUCAGGUUGUGUCAGAUAUGAUUGAGGAGGUGGCAGAAGAUGUGUUUGAAUCAGAUGUAAGACAGCGUAUAAAGCAACUGGCUGAGUUUGAAGAGCUUAUUAAGCUAAGUCGUGCUGGAAGAUUCUUGCAGAGAUGGAAGAAAGAAUACAAGGCUGUGACCAAACUGAAACGAGCAAUGGAGGAGUUUCCUUGUGCUCCUAACAUGCAGGGCUACUCAGAACAGGUCCGAGGCCUUAUUGCUGUAGAUGACCCAAAGGUUGCUAACAGGCAGUUCUAUGUGAACCAAAAAGCAAAGCUGACCAUUAACUCUGCUGUUGAGAUUGAGAAACAGAGAGAGCAGGCUAUGACCCAGGUUUUGGUGCAUUCACUGUAUCGGAGACUUCUGCAGAAUAACGCCUGGCAACCUCUUGAUCUGCCACGAAUUGUGGGGAAAAUCCUGGCUAGGAAAACCCCGUUUAAACCAGGAGAUAGAAAGUCACGGUCCAUCUUCUGGAAGCUGUUGCUGUGUUGUCCAGACGUUGAAACAAGCACCACCUCUUCUUCAGUUGACAUGGCAACGAAACACCUGUGCAAAUGGCUUAUUAGUAAAUGCAGCAAAGGAAUGCCUCCCGCAGAUCAUAGCAGCAUAAAGGGAAAUGUGAUCAGUUUGUAUAGAAGGAGCCUGAAUCUUGGCAAAGAUAACAGGUCUGUUGGAAUCUGUGUUCGAACACUGUAUGGACAACUAGACAAAGAUGAUGUCAGUGUCUUGGAAGAGGACCGCAGCUUGCUUGGGACAAGUGCAGCCAUGUUUGUUCUUCCUGCAUUCAACAAAAGGGAUAAAGAUGAUUCUACCUACUGGAGAGAACAGAGGGACAGAAUCCAGUCAAUUCUGGCAGUAAAACCAAAAGGCCAAUUCCCAUUGCUUGUUGUCCUAACAGCAGCAGCAAAUCAGAAACUGUCUUGCAAUGAAGUGUCACAGCUCUUGUCAUUGGAUGAUUCAUUUGAUGUGGAAAUCUUUUUGUUGGAAACUCAUGAGGAACUGCCAGAACAAAUUGAUGUUGUUGAUCCAUCAGUCAGUGAAAAGCUCUGUGUCCAUUUGCAAUGGCUUGCAGAGAAAUGCCAACCACCGCCAGAGCUUGAAGUGACAUAUCUCCGGGACUUCCUUGAAAAGGCUCUUCUAAAGUUUUAUUACACACCAGUACAAAACAACGCAAAACAAAGAAAAGUGCUUGGUUAUUUAGAGCAGGAUCCCAACAGUCUGCUAGAACUGUACAACUAUGUUGUUCAGUACUUAUGUGAGAUUGUAACCUUUGCUGAAUUGUACGACGUUUCCUGGCCUGUCUCCGAGUUUGCUCAGGGUCGAGAGGCAGCUCUACCAGCAAGCCAUUGGAACAAGGAAGAUCACUUCGAAUAUGUUCAUGGACAGAUUGCUUCCCUUGCUUUGCAUCCAUUUUUUCCAUUGGAUGAACUCUCAGAGGAGUGGUGUGACCUAAAGAAAGAUAUAUGGGCAUAUGUCAACAACAUUGCUGGGAGUGAUGUGUGUGGAGCUCGAAUUAAGCUGUGUUCAAGGUUGGAAGGCCUUCUUCACAAGGUAGAGGAAGACUUUGAGAUGACAUGCUACUUGUUGGAGGGGGAGGAACAAUGUCAACCAACAUACGCCAACGUUCCCUGGGGCCAUGUGGUGUCCUUGUUUAUUGACUAUAAGCUUGACACGAUGGAUUUUAGGGACCCUGACGUGUUAUCAGAUCAGAUGGACAAGGAGUUAAAGGUGGUGUACAUCAAGAAGGUGUUGGAAGAAUUCUUCGACCCUCCUCUAGAUUGGAAGUAUCAGGAGGCUGAGAAGGUGGUUCUAGAAACUCAAACAGUAGAUGAUUCUAUACUUUGUGCAGUUGAGAAAGUGAAACAGAAGCACAGAGAAUCAAGAACGAAAGUUGAAAUAGUUGUUGUUGAAGAUCAUAAUAGAGUCUCAAGUACGGUGCUUGAGGCUAAAGACAAAGCCAGUUUGAUUCUUUCUUCUAUAAGGUCAGAGAGAAGGAAGUCUGAUCAUUUUCAGAAAUAUCUUGAGAAAGCUUUGAACGAUGGUGGGGACGUUGCAAAGCAGACGUACGGUUUAGAUGAACCAUCAGCCUUUGUAAACAAAGAUCAAACUUUACAAGAAAGAGAUUUCACAAUGGGAGGCAUGGAUGGUGCCUUUGAUGCAACUGGGUAUUUCAACAGGUCUGAGAAUGAUUUGUCAACAAUGUUUGAUGAUGUUUACGAAAGGAAUGACAUUCCUAUGCCGAAAAGAAGGAAGUCAGACUUUGGUCCGCAGGAUUUGUCAGGCCUUUAUGGCAAGAAGAGGAGGGAAAGGCUGUCGGAGAUUUACAAUAAUGACCCAGUUAUGAUGUAUCUGAAUGAGCCAUCGCUUGUUGAGGGUAUGGCUUCACUUAAGGAAGAAAUUAAGAAGGAAAGGAGGAACAGUGACUUGUUUGAUAAAAAGCUGAGAGAUUUGCUUCAGCCAGGAAUGUUUUGAUAAAUGAACGUAAACAUUUGGUUUGAUUUUGAGUGAACCUCCUGCAUUGGAAGGCCAUUAGGGAGAGUGUUGGUCUUAGUGGAACUAUCAGUUUAAUGGAACUAUAAUCAUGUGUUAAUGGAACUAAAAUUAUGUGUUCACCUUGUAUUUUGUAAUGAUAUCUUGUACAAAUACACACAUAAAAGUGAUCAGUACUGUUUUGUUCCCAUGCCGAUAUUUGUACAUGAACAUAUACAUGAAUUUGACUUAAAUAAAUCAUUGAAUCAUUUGUAAAAUUAUGUCUUUAUAUCAGUGAAUAUAUUUGUAAAAGUUAUCAUGUCUUGAUGUUCAUUAACAUAGUUAAAGGGACUCUCUCAUGUUUUUGUAAGAUGCCUUGUUUUGUAUGCCUAAAUAAAGGAUGGAAAUUCAUUAGGAUUGUUAAAACUAAGAUACUGACGGUUGUAACCCUUCAACAAAUGUUGAUAUAUGCUCAAAUAUUGUC